CUCUCUCUCCCUCUCUCUCUCUCUCAUGUCUGCUAGCAGAACUUCCACAAGGGGUAGAAGAAGCAGCAAUGGCUUCUCAAAGAAAAUAGCAAGCCUCUUCUCCUUCUCACCAUCGGCUGAGUCUCCCGCCACUACAAACUGCCGUUGUGGCGCAGCCACCAUGUUUAAUAUCCGCCGCGUCUGCUCCCUCCUCCGACGACUCUUCCGCCGGCGACGCAAAUCUCCGGUCAUCAUUCGUCAAUUCCCGCCCGUUGCAGUGAUACAGGAACCCCCACUUCAGCCGAUCCGGAUCGCAACCUUCAACGCUGCCAUGUUCUCCAUGGCUCCCCCCACCCCCAACCUCCAAAACCCUCCGGCCGGCAAUCUCAACAUCCUUGGCAAAGCCCUAAACGACCGGCCCAAAAGCAUACUCAAACGGCAGCAGACGAUCUCCAAUUCAAAGAGAAGAGUUUCCAUUAACCUCCCCGAAGACCAAAUCUCCAUCGAGAGAAGCAAGCAGAUAGCCUCUGCUGAUAAAUUACUCCAAAAGGGCAAGGCUCCAAUGCUUCAUCAGAACUUCGGCUUCGUCGAUCGAAUGAGAAGAACUGACACGAGUGUUCUUGAUGUAUUGAUGGAGGUCGACGCUGAUGUGUUUGCUCUGCAGAACGUGAAGGCUGAGGAGGAGAAGGGUAUGAAACCCCUCUCAGAUCUGGCUGAUGGGCUGGGAAUGAAGUACGUCUUCGCCGAGAGCUGGGCUCCAGAGUUUGGGAAUGCGAUUCUCUCCAAAUGGCCUAUCAAGCAAUGCAGAGUUCAGAAAAUCUGCGACGAUGCCGACUUCCGAAAUGUGUUGAAGGUGACGAUCGAAGUGCCAAGAGCAGGAGAAGUUAAUCUGCAUUGCACGCAUCUCGAUCAUCUCGACGAAGCAUGGAGGAUGAAGCAGAUUAGCGCGAUGCUUCGAUCGAGUGAUGGGCCUUACAUAUUGGCAGGAGGGCUAAAUACUCUUGAUGAAACAGAUUACUCUGAGGAGAGAUGGAAUGAUAUUAUAAAGUACCAUGAAGAGAAUGGGAAGCCAAGGCCAAAGGCUGAGGUGAUGAGGUUUCUCAAGGGGAAGAAUUACAUUGAUGCCAAGAAUUUUGCAGGGGAAUGUGAAGCUGUUGUUGUGGUUGCUAAAGGACAAGAUGUGCAGGGGACUUGCAAGUAUGGAACAAGAGUAGAUUACAUACUGGCAUCACCUGGUUCACCCUACAAGUUUCUGCCUGGAUCUUAUGGGGUUAUCUCAUCUAAGGGGACUUCAGAUCAUCAUAUUGUAAAGGUUGAUAUUGUUAUUAAUGGUAAUAUUGAGAAUAAUCACAGAACACAAAAAUCAAAGAAAAGAUUAGUCAAAAUAGACAGGUUUUCCUCCAAAGGAAUUUGGAAAGUUAAUUCAUAAGUACACCUUUGUCUUUCAAAUUAUCCUUUGUUUCAUUUUGUUUUCACUUGCUACAUAUAGUUCUGAUCCUCAAUUGUAACUGCA